UUUCUUACACCAAGUAUAAUUGCACAGACUUAAUUCCUGCUUUUAGAAUCAGAAAACAAAAUGACGAUUUUCUCAAAAACCGUAAAUUUUAAUGACUUGGUGCCUCUGUUGCCGUAUUUGGAGAUCCCUCCUUCCCUCAAAGCAGUGUUUUCGUACAGUAAUUUCGUCCAUGCGUUAUCAGGUGCUGUGGGUAGUGUUACUGCGAUGACGGUGUUUUACCCACUGGACACAGCAAGAACAAGGUUACAAGUUGAUGACAAGAGAAAAGCCAAGGGGACGUUUUUGGUGAUGAAAGAAAUUGUUGAUGAAGAGGGGAUCCUCUCGUUGUACCGUGGCCUUAUCCCAGUAUUAACAAGCCUCUAUUGCUCCAACUUCCUGUUUUUCUACUCAUUCAACUGCCUUAAAGCCGUCUUCUUGAAGAACAAACAUGUGUCAAGCAAGAGACAGGAUUUGUUGUUUGGUUAUAUUGCAGGUAUUGUCAACGUACUACUGACCACACCCUUGUGGGUCGCCAAUACCAGGUUGAAACUACAAGGAGCAAAGUUCAAAACCUCAGAAUUGGACAAUCAAAGGCAACCAAAAUACAAUGGAAUUAUUGAUGGUGUUUGCCGUAUAGCCAAAGAAGAAGGACUGCCAAGUCUGUGGAGUGGUACAAGUUCAUCAAUAUUUCUCGCUGGUAACCCAGCCAUACAGUUCAUGGUUUACGAGUCCAUAAAACGAUUCUACCACCGAACAGGAAAAAAAAAGCUUAGUGCGUGGGAGUUCUUCAUUAUCGGAGCUAUCGCUAAAGCAGUUGCAACAGUCGUUACAUACCCAUUACAAGUAGCCCAAUGUAAACAAAGGUCUGGAAGACGCAAUAACGAAAAGCACAGUACCUUGAUAUCCAUACUUACUGAGCUCAUCAGGGAGCAAGGCGGGCUGGGUCUAUAUAAAGGGCUGGAAGCCAAGCUAUUACAGACCGUGCUGACCGCCGCAUUGAUGUUUCUCGCUUACGAAAAGAUCGCCGCAGUCACUUUUAGUAUAAGCCGCCGAAUUCGAAGGUAGAAAUGGACCUAGGCUGAUCAUUCAUGUCUCUCUCCGUACAAUGACCAGAAUCUGAAGCAAGGGAGCUCAAGGAAAUCAAGGAAAUCAAUAGUCCUGUGUGUAAUUCUGAAGAAACAAGUUUUUCAAGUGCCAUAUCGAAUUCGUAUGGAUGGAUCCAAGUUGUCUGAAUACCAGACUCAUUGGAGGAUUUGCCAAAUAUAAUAUUUAUGACGAAUUGCUAUAAUAUAAAGCUGAGACUAUUUGGAUAAAGAGAACGGCAAGGAAGAAGACGGCAAUAAGGACAAUUAGGAAAUAAGGAUGAAGAAGAACAACAAUUACGACAGCUACGACAAUGACUACAGCAAGACUAUAUCUCUACGCCUUACAGCUAAGACUUUUAAGGAUGAAGACGAACAACAAUUACGACAGCUACGACAAUGACUACAGCAAGACUAUAUCUCUACGCCUUACAGCUAAGACUUUUAAGGAUGAAGACGAACAACAAUUACGACAGCUACGACAAUGACUACAGCAAGACUAUAUCUCUACGCCUUACAGCUAAGACUUUUAAGGAUGAAGACGAACAACAAUUACGACAGCUACGACAAUGACUACAGCAAGACUAUAUCUCUACGCCUUACAGCUAAGACUUUUAAGGAUGAAGACGAACAACAAUUACGACAGCUACAUCAAUGACUACAGCAAAGACUAUGUCUCUACGCCUUACAGCUAAGACUUUUAAGGAUGAAGACGAACAACAAUUACGACAGCUACGACAAUGACUACAGCUACGACAAUGACUACAGCAAGACUAUAUCUCUACGCCUUACAGCUAAGACUUUUUAGGAUGAAGACGAACAACAAUUACGACAGCUACGGCAAUGACUACAGCAAAGACUAUGUCUCUACGCCUUACAGCUAAGACUUUUAAGGAUAAAGAUGAACAACAAUUACGACAGCUACAUCAAUGACUACAAGAAAGACACUGACAGACUAUUUCUACUAGAAUAUUGGUCACAUAAACGAUGAGUAUGGUAUAUAAUGAAAAAAUUGGGUUUUUAUUAUAUUUAUAGUUGAGAAACUGGUAAUAAACAACCUUUUUUAUGUCUUCCUUAGUUUCAAGGUCCGAAUCAUCGUCGAAGGACACUAGACGCUGAUGAAUAGACAGGAACCUUUAAACGUCUGUAAUACAGUAGUUACCCGCCUAUAAGAACCUAGGUUUAUCCAGGUUCUUAUUUAACGAAUACUAUUCCAAAUUUAAGGCUUCUUAGGUUCUUAAAUAGGUUUUUAAUUUUAUCGAAAAGUUAAUAUACUAAAGGCUGGCAGAAGUGGGGUAUCCAGAUUGAUGAAAUGUCAAUCCUGGCCUGGCCUUCGUACAAUAUGGGGUAAGAGAGCACACAUGACUGUUUCUGUCUGUAAAAGAUAGUACGAAAUAUAGUUGGUUGGAAUGUG